AUGGCACCGAUAAUCGACCGAUUCAAGAGCUUUUUUCGAGGCGGUUCACAGCCAUCGACGGUGAAACGACCUCUCACCCACGUUAUCAAAUAUGAUGUGGAUCCUUCGGCCGAAUGGCAAGUGAUAGGAGAAUUAGGCGAUGGGGCAUUUGGGAUGGUCCAGAAGGUCGUGAAGAUCAACGAUCCGGGAAGAUUUGCCGCUGCUAAGGUAUGCUUUUGAUGUUGUGCUUGUUUCGCUUUUAGGUAGAAGAAAACAUCGUCGAAUAUCGAGAUGAGUAGCUAAUUUUAAUGUUUUAGUGCAUCACCCUGGAAGACGGCGAGGAACUGGAGGAUUUGGUAAUUGAAAUUGCGAUCCUCAGUGCGUACCCUCAUCAAAAUGUCGUCGGGUUGAUUGAUGCAUACUUCAUGGAUAACAAGAUUAGUGUAGGUCCAUUUUAGCCUUAAAUCUUGGCUUGGCUAUCUUCUAAAUAUGAAGUACAAUAUAAUGAAGAGUUGUUUUCAGAUGAUGUUAGAGUUCUGUGCAGGUGGCGCUGUGGAUGAUAUUAUGUUAGAGCUGGGAAAGCCCCUAACGGAAUCUCAGAUCUGCUACAUCACGCAUUAUGUUGUUAUUGCACUGGAGUAUCUUCACGCGAACCUUGUAAUACAUCGAGAUUUGAAAGCUGGAAACAUAUUGUUGACUUCCGAUGGAACGAUAAAAUUGGCUGAUUUUGGAGUUUCGGCAAUGAUGAAAGAAAAACAGGACAAGAGAAACAGUUUCAUUGGGACUCCAUAUUGGUAAGGGAAUUGGGAAAGGGAUUUUGGGGGGAAAUCAUGCGUUUUUCUAAAAAUGUUGGUCUAGAAAAGGUAUUACAAUUAAAUUUUUUAUUUUUAAUAGCGAUUUAGACAGUUUGUAUGGUCUAAGAUAAUUUCUAAUGCCCUAAAAAAAGAGUAGAGCAAAUUUUACUCGGGAAAAAUAUAAAACAAACUCCUCUUCCCUUCAUUUUUCUCACUCCGUUUUCUCGAGGGAAAAUACAACGGAAAAGAAGAACGAAGCGGGGCGUGGCUGAAUGGUCUAGUGGUAUGAUUCUCGCUUCGGGUGCGAGAGGUCCCGGUUUCAAUUACCGGUUCAGCCCAAAUUCUAUUUUUUUGGAGUUUUUGGUUAAAGAUUUGCAUAUUUUAGUUUUGCAAAAAUAUUUUUUGAUGCUUGCAAAGAACAUUGCUACUUUUCCAAGAAUAAAAAAGUGAAUAUGCGGGUUUUAAUUUCCCGUUUUUUCCUUCAGGAUGGCCCCGGAAGUCAUGGUGUGCGAAACUUUCAAGGACAAGCCAUAUGAUUGCAUCGCGGACGUCUGGUCGCUUGGAAUCACUUGCAUAGAGAUGGCUCAGAUGGACCCACCCAACUAUCAAGUCAGCGCGAUGAGAGUGGUGAUCAAAAUCCAGAAAUCGGACCCACCAAAAUUCGACGAUCCAAAGAAAUGGUCGGCCUUUUUGAAUGAUUUUGUGGCUUGUUGUCUGGUCAAAAAUCCGAAUGAACGGCCGUCAGCAAGGGAUUUGAAGACUGUAAGUUGUGGUUUAGAUAAUUUUUGAGCGUUUUAGAAUUUGAAUUAAAUGAAAAAUUAAUCCAAAUAUUAUUUUAGCACCCAUUCAUCAAAGAUACCCCGGAUCGACGCCCAAUUAUGGCCUUGCUCAGCGAGAAGAACGCUGACAUUGUGGACGAAGAGGUCUUGAUGGAAGAAACGGCCUCGGUCGAUGAGUCCGGGUCCGUGAAAACGGUCGAUUUCGAAUCCGACGUGGAGUCGCAUAAAAUUUCACCGAAUAAUUCGGGCGAUUUCUCAAAUCCACAAAAAAGACUGGCCGAUAAAAUUUCUCCGGAAGCAACUCCAGUGGCUUCAGAAGCUCAGAAGGUCGCGAAGAAACGAUUUGCAGCCCCAAAACCGCCUGAACAUGGAGAAGACGGGACUCCGUUGGCCAGAGAUCAGCCUGAUCGGGUGUUUAAUGGAGUAAAGGUGGAGAAAAAAGAGAUUAGAAAUAAUGGAGAUGUAAGUGUUUGAUUAUUUGUGAGAUUUUCGGGGAGUUUUUGGACUUGUGACGAAGAUUUGGACCUAAAUUAUAUUAUUUUAGGUCCCAAAUGCAACUCUAACCGAAACCCCGACCCGACCGGCCCUGUCAAAGAGCGCGACGAGAUACGAAGAGCCUCUAACGGAACUUCAGAUCACUGGAGAGGAUAGCCCCAGGCAUAAAAGGAACAUUUCGCCCGGAAAACAGGCCAUCGAAAUUUUGGAUGACCUCUACAAUGCUCUGGAUAAUGAUGAAGGUGAGUGGAAAUUGUUAAUUUUGUAUGUUUGAAAUUUUUAGAAAAUCAAGUCCAAGAGAGCACGGAAAUUUUCACGGAAGAAGAGAACCCCUCAAACGGAAGAUCCGAGCCAAAAUCGAAUCGAAAUUCCCAUCUUAUUCAUGCUUACGGCCACGAAUAUGAGCCAGAGACCUCACAGGAGAACUCCUUCAUCGCAUCGAAUGGUCGGCCGACUUCGAAGAUUGGCCAGAUUGCCAGGGAAAAUCAACCUGUCAAUUUGAUGGUCAAUCAGGAAGAUGAGGUAAAAUUUGGAUAUAUCUUUGUUGAUUGAGGUGUUUAUUAGUGUUAAAAGGCUAAUCAAAGUGCAUUUUAGGUGUCGUUCACCCGUUCGAAUCGAUCCUCAGCCCCUACUCUUGAUCAUCAACGAGUUCCUGAUGUUAAACACCCACCUCAUAUGGCAGCAACCCAUUCUCAAUCAUUUGACGAUCAAAAACCUCGCCCAACAUAUCACAGAUUGGAAGAAGGCCUAAAACCCUCGGAUUCCCUCCCAAAUACCUUCAAUGCAUCCCUGGAAAGGAAGGCGAAACUCCCAAUGAAUCACAAAUUAGGCCAGAUGAUGGAGAGGAUCGAAAGGGUCGAACCGACGGUCAGAAGUCGAGAACCGAGCGGAGAUUCGAGCAGAAGAAGGUUUGAGGAACCAAGACAUCAGAAAAUGGGAAGGUAAGAGAUUUGGAAGGAAAAAUAUAGGACUUUUUUGGAAUUAGGCCUAGUGUAAUAUAAUUUUUGAACAAGAAAUUUUAUUUUUGGGUUAGAAGGUCAAAAGAAAGAGGAAAUUUAAAUAGAGGAGGGAUUAAUGAACUUCUAAAUAGAAGAUGAGAUAUAGAAACAUACAAUAUUUUUUAUGUUAAGACCUAGUGUAAUAUAAUUUUUGAUCGAAAAAUGGAAUUUUUGUGUUAGAAAGUGAAAAGAAAGAUGAAAUUUAAAUAGAGGAGAGAUUAUUGAACUUCUAAAUUGAAAGUGGGAAGUUGAGUUAUAGAAACAUACAAUAUUUUUUGUGGCAAGACCUAGUGUAAUAUAAUUUUUGAUCGAAAAACUUAAUUUUUGUUUUGGAAUCUAAAAAAUGAGCGGAAAUAAGAGUUGAUACUACGAGUUUAAGGGGUUAUUUCUUGUUUUUCGAUGUUUAAAAUGAGUAUUUCCAGUGCUUCCACAUCAAAUUCAUCCCCGCCUCCACCUGAACCCCCAAUCGAUUAUGAUGACCCCAGAGCAAACAGGUCGAAUCGCCAACAGGCGGAACGGGGUUCAAUCGUAUCCGGAGCCUCCUCCACAACAUCUCCCCGGCUCUCAAAGCACAUUGGCGACGUAUAUCAAGAGCCGAUUUCCUCGAUAUCAGCCAUUGAUAAUGACCCCCGACUUCGACGCCCCACAGACCCAACGCAGUCCACCUCGGCCGACGAAAAAGAGAAUCGACCGGUCGAGAGGGUCGAUGGGAAGAUCCAGGUGGAAGGAAUUCAGCCUCAGAUCAAGUCCAUGUUGCACAGACAACAACCAAACAGGGCUACGGUCACGCGAAAAACGAGGACGUAUAUGGUCGAUGGAGUACAAGUAACCAGCACAACUUUGCAUGUGUUAGGAGCUCAGCAGGAUUAUGCAAUGAGGUUGGUUUAGGGGAAUUUUGAGGGAGUUUUGAAAGUUUUGAACGGGAUUUUGGCUUAUAUUACACAUGGUUUAGAAAGAAGGAACUUCAAGAAUUAAAACGACUUCAACGACAAGAAGCCAGGGAUCGACAGUUGUUGAACGAACGAAAUGAACAGGAGAGGGAAACUCAGGACAGGAAAUUUGCAGAUCUCCGAUAUGUAAGUGAAAAUGAAAUUUUUUGAAGGAAUAUUGAGGGAAAUUGAUGAUUUUUUUGUGUUUUUAGAACGUGAUCAAAUCUUAUGACGCCGAAAUGGAGCAAUUAUGCAAGCUGCAAAAGAAAAAGAUGGAAGAAUUAGAGAGAUUGCAGGAAGAAGAGAAGAAACAGGUCGCCAAAAAUAUCAAACAAGUCCAUGAGAAGGAGUACAGGGACUUCCAAGUUCAUCAAAGAGAGGAAAUGAAGCGCCUAAAAUACGAGACCGAUCUCCUACCGAAAAGUCAAAGAAAAGACGCCCUCAGGCAUCGAAAGGACCAACUGGAACAUAUCCAAGCGGAAAGGGUAAGAGAUUUUCAGGUUUUUGUCAAAUUUAUAUUGUUGUAGGUGAUUUGAUGGAGAAAUUUGAAAUUUUUUUGAUUUCGAAAGUUUUUAUGGGUAGUGGAAAGGUUUUUAUUUUUACUAUUUUUUUAGGAGAACUCAUUCUUCGCUCAACGACGGCGCGCUGCCGAAAAGAUUAUGGAAAAUCUGCAAAGACAGCAUCAGGAGGCCCUGGCACGGCUGGACCGUCAGUUCUUGAAGGAUAAACACGAUCUGCAGAGAACGGUGGAGUCUACGCUCUGGGAACAGGAGCGACAGCAGAUGAAAGAGAGGUUCGGAUUGAGACGGCAACAGUUGAAGGUGAGAUUUUGAGAUUUUUUUUUUUUUUUUUUUGAUUUUUUUAUAUUGUACUUGAUAUGAGGUUGAAAAAUUGUAGAAUUUAUUUGAAUUUGGGGAGUAUUUGAAUUAAACUUGAUAUUAUUCUAGGGUAACUUUAACAACCAACGCUACUUGAUGCAACAACGCCAUGCCCUCGAGCAAGAGCACAUCCAAAAAGCUCAUCAAGCCUCCGAAGAACUGUUGGUUCGAUCCCUCACCGCCGCCAGAAAGCAUAUGCCGAAAACGUUGAGAAAUGAAAGCAAGACGAGGGUGCAAAUGUUUAGAGAGUCGUUGCGGAUCAACUAUCCGGUAAGUUUAUUCAAAUUAUUAUUGGAUCUUUGACCUUGUAUACAGGGUGUCCCAAAAAAAAUGCAUGUUUUUUCCAUGGGUCCUGACGCGAAAAUAUUUAGGUCAGGCCAAAAGAUUUUUGUACUGCUAAAAUCUCCGUGUUUUUCUGCCCUAGUCAUUUCAGUUUUGUGUUCAUAUCGAUUAAGUAGCAUGGUUUUUUAAAAUGUCAAACAAAGGAACUGCGAUUUUGUCACUAUUUUUGAGCCGUUCAAGUUGUAAAUUUGCCCAGUAUAGAAAGGACGUUGUGUCAAAAGUAAUCACGCGAUGUAAGGAGCUUGAUAACGAUAGUAAGCGUCCAGGACGUAAAAGAAAACGCACCGCCAGCGGUUCUGUCAACCGGGAGAUCACCAACAGCAAAGCGCUAUUUUCAAGAAAAAUUUGCCUGUGAGAUCAGCAUCAGCGACCGAUCGGUCACCCAAAUAGUCUAUGAUGAGCUACGCCUCACGCUGUAUAAGGUGUAAAAAGCUCAGAUCUUUAAAGUAGACGGCAAGUGCGUGCGGCGCGAAAAAUGUCGAAAACUCAAGGGCUGGGCCGCAACUCACAGACGUGAGCGCAUUCGUUCGUGGUUCAACAUUUGGCGGAUGCACAACGACCAGAACGAUUGGAUCUUCUUAGAUGAAGCCCUCGGCACGUCGGCUAACGUCGAAACCCCUCAAAAUUUGGGCCGUCAUCGCCUAAGGCGGAAUUUGUGCCAGCGGCAAGAAUUCCAUGGUUUUUGCGGAUCAAAGGGGCACAAUUCUAGCGCCGCGUUAAUUUCGAUUUUCUCGUACUUCUGUUAACUCAGAAGAGCAUUGGCAAUGCAAAUUUGGUGGUUCAGCUAGACUCAGCGCCGGCUAACAAGGCAAAAUCGACUCACGACCCGGAAUGGGACCGAUUUUCCCGAUUUUAUCCCGUCUGAAAAAUGACCGUCUGCUCGCCGGAUCUGAAUCCGAUGGACUAUAAAUUUUUCUCAAUAAUGGGCCAACGCCUGUACUACACGUUACAAAAGUUUGGAGUCGCAAAGUAAUCGUUGCGCCAAGAACGGGACCGAUUUCCCCGAAAAGAGCUGCGGCCCCGAGCCCAAAAUUUUAAGUCACGUUUGGAGCUCUAUAUCGCCUCCAAAGGCAGCCACUCUGAAACCGGCUUGACAUGUUAUCAAUAACCCUCUAUGUUACUGAUAUCCAUCGUUAGUUUUGCUAAAUUUUGUUUGGUAUAUAAAAUGUAGCCAUAAAAAUAACAUGCAUUUUUUUUGGGACACCCUGUAAUAUAAAAAUUGUAAUGAAAUAGGGGUGAUUUUAGAGUUUAAAAGGAAAGAAAUUAUUUUUUUUCCUUUCAGAAUGAAUCUUCAAACCAAUGGCAUGAUCGAAUCCGCGAAUUCGAGGAAAACGAAAAACGAAGCAUCCGCCAAAAAUUGGACGAAUAUGAUCUCAAAUGCAAACGAAGGCUGGAAGAGCUCAAAGAGAACAAUGAAAUGGCUCAAAGAGAAUUAGAACAGAUCCAGGUGAGGAUUUUAAAAUAGAUUUUUUGAUUAAAUUUAUAUUACAAUGGAGCAAAAAAAAUAUUUUCAGACGGAAAAGUCGGAGAUGAUCCUCAAAAGCGAAGAACAGAAGGUGGCCGAGUACGAAGAGGAAUACCAACAACUUCUGGCCGACUGGGAGCAACAACUCCCCUUCCGGAAACGAGUACGUUCACCCCCGAAGUCUCUGCCCCAGUCUCCGCUCUCUGAACGCUCCUCUUUCCAUUUCUCUCAACACUCGAGUCCCAGUCUCUCCAGGUCUUCUCAACAUCUCGGCUCGCACAGGCAAAUGGUAGGGCUUGGAUAAGGCCUGUAAAAAAAGAUUUGAAACUGGGUGACUUUAACUGGGAUAAGAUAAAGUUUAGGGGAAAUUAGAGGUGUAUUUGGCUGAAGAAACGGUGGGAAUUUAGAAUAAUAGGGGUUUUAGAUCUAUUAGGAACUGUUGGAGAUAGGAGUAGGGUGAAAUUGAGGGUGUGGUAAGGAUCGACCAAAAAAAAUUUUUUUAAAUUUUUCGUACCUAGUCGAUUUUUUAGACUGAAAAAAACGAUGUUAGGAGGAUAUUUAUUCAAAAUGGGGCUAAAUUUUGAAGUUGCUGUGAUAUUAAUUUUGGUCGGAAAUUUUACCUUUGGAUUUUACACUAGGCAACAAAAUCAAAGAAAAAAAUGUUUUUUUUGUCUUUUUUUGUCUCAUAAUUUACGUGUCUUAUCUGUCCAGACCGCCGAAGAGCCCUUGUCUUCCCGUCUCAAUCCAAAUUACACUCUGGCCUUGAGUCUCCGCCAUCGUCUUCGCCGUCUCGGCGAUCGCUUCGAAGAAGAGGCAACUUCUCACACGUCUUCCCCAAGAACAAGUGCUAAUACAAGCUUUGCGGAGAUGGAAAAUCCCGACGCAACGACCAGUAGAUCGGAGAAAAGUCCAAUUGGAAGACAGCAGAGUGAAAAGUUGAGAAAAAGUGCUGGGGUAACAAGAAAUGCAAGUGACAUGGAAAGAAGAGAGGGUCUAAAAACAUUUAUGAGCCCAAAUAUGGGCGAAAGAAAGCUGGUACUCCCGGAACACAGCAAAUGGGAUAAGUUGGCGAGAAAAGGAAGCGGUCCAUUGGAAUGGAACCCUCGAUUUGGCCUAAGUCAGCGUAGUGAACCCGGAAGAGCGCUGGAUAGACAAGCCAGCACCAGAUCAGACCGCUCGGAGGGAAGAAUAAGAAACAACAGGAGCUUUGGAUUGGACAGGAUCAGCGAGGAUCGUCUGGACUUUGAAGGGGAUCAGGUUGAGAAAAAAGUUCAUCCCAGAAGUGCCAAGUAUAAUAUAUCGUGGAAAACCGGAGUAGAAAUUGAUGAGAAGGAGUGUAAUCAGUCGAGAGGACUUCGAAGUCCUAGCCUGCGGUGUAAGCAUGAAUUGGAAACAGAUUCUCCGGGUUCAAAUCCAUUAGAUCAGUUUAGUACACCAAGAAGAAUUGGCAGAAGAAAGACUGAAGAAAUUGGACAAUAUUUCGAAAGAGAAGGAGAAAAGAAGGCUCCGUUGAGAAGAAAUGGACAGUCAAUGACCCUCCCAAGACACCAUUUCGACAGCACGAUGGAGGAAAGCAUCCUCGAAGAACAUAACUUAUCCUUGAGAUCUCUGAGAAGUCUGAACUCUUCCUUCGUCCAAUGGAUCAGGAAAAAGUUUAGCAAUAGCGACAAUUAGAGGUGCAGAGGAGCGCCGACGCUGUUUACAAGGAAAUUAGAAUAGUUGUGGAUGUGAUAGUUAGACAAUAUUAGAAUAGAUGUGUAAAGUAUAAUAUUAGACUUUAAUUUAUGAUUGUUGUUUGUGGCAAGAGCUUAGAGCGAUGGAAUAGAUGUCAUUUAGAAUUCUAUGUUGUUAAAAGAAUAGUAAUAUGGUUACUGUUCCCUGAGUUGAAUGUUGUUUUAUAUCCAUAUCAAAGACCCCUCUCCCAUCUGUCGAUCUCGAUAAUUUUCAUGUAAUAAAUUUAUGAUUCCGAACUCUCUUGGUCUUAUUGUCUCAUAUACUGUCUAUGAAUCGAAAGUUGAACUCGAAAUUGGUAACCAUUCGCUUUUAGGAACUGGAAGAUCGGUUCCAGAAAGAAAUCCGCGACCAGGAACUGUUCUACGCCCCACCCAACAGCGCUCAACUACCCCCUCUGGGCAUGGAGAAGGCCGACGAAAUCUCCCACUAAUCCAUCCCCCCAACAACCAGUGCCUCACAAAUUUUUACAUAUUUAUAUUGUAAUUAUAUUGCUCUUGUUGACUCUUCAUAAAUAUUGUCCGAAAAUAAGUUUUGAGCAAUUUUGCGACACCUUUGGAAAUGCAAAGAUCAAUCCAGAAUUUUGACGUGAAAAUGAGUUGAAAAAUUGAUUUUCAAAUCGAAUUUUUGUAUUUUUUACCGGUAUAAAAGCCACGGAAAGCUGAAGAAAAUUCAUUGCAAAAGCCGCAGUUUGAAUCAGCGCAGUCGACGAGAGUCUUCGUUCCAUUGGAUUGGUCGGAUCAACAAAACGGAUCAGGUCAUUCCGUAGCAACGGCAUUCUUGGUAAGUUCCGGACAUGAACUUAGGCAUGAAGUGGAAGAUUUGGGCGAUGUAGAAGAACCUAUUGUUAAAGAGUGCUAAAAAAACCUAUGAAUUAAGAAUUUUACUUAGUGCUGACCUCUGAAAACGUAUUCUCCCCGAAAUUACUGUAGUUUCCGCGGUUUGCAGAGAAGUCUAGGGCGCGGGCUGCGGACUGGGAUACUGCUUUUUUUCGUCGAAUCCGCGGAUUCAUCGACUAGUCGGUGAAAGCAUGCUAUUUUAUAUCUUAUUCCACGGCAUUCCUGUCCUAAGUGCUACAGAAUAUCGCCUACGAUCACAUUUUCUCCAUCCACGAACUUUGGCUCUCAUGGAGAAGAUAAAAUUCGCCUGUUUCCAACAGCCGACCAUGCUUUUAGAGUUGUCGUUUGAGAGUAGCCAAAAUGGUGUCCAUGCCAUUCAUUAUGUUGGUUUUCCUGCUGUCAAGCACUUCAUUCGUCCAUUCCGCGCCCUGUUCCGAAGCCGGACUUGACGGAGUCAACGGAUAUCUGCUUUAUCGCACGGAAGAAAAACUGGUGUUAUAUCACCAAGUGUCAAAAGGAGAGAAGAGUAAGAUUACGGGGCAAUUUGCUGUUUGUUGGAUAAUGUUUCGGUGUUCCACGUAAGAUUUUACGAUACGCUUUUAGAGAAAUGCCCUGAUAAAAUCAAAUUUCCGAAUCCGAGUAGACUGCGGAACUUCGAGCUCCAUUCGUUUUUCUACGAGAACAACGAAUUCGUUGUUGUAAUUGCGGAAGAGGAUCUUGGGAACAACUUGACGAAGACGCAUUUUACGAGUUUCUCCGGGUCAGUUGAUAUUAUUUUUAUUUUCUAAAUUUAGGUACGCCAUUUGAGUAUCCAUUAUCUGGCGGUUUUAUUCAGAGGUUUGUUUCAGAGCUGGAUGUUUGACCUACGACGAAGCGAACUAUCUGCAGAUGGAAGGCCCUAUUUCAGCGAUGAAUGCGAUCUGCACCAAGGAUAAGAAGUUCAGUGCAUGCAGAGGGGACAAUGGAAAACCAUGCUCAGACGAUGUAAGAAGGACACUCCAUAGACUUUAUGAGACUUUAUUUUGCUAUUAAGAUCGUUAAAAAAAACUCUUCUUCCAGAAAGACUUCUACAAGAAUAUCAGAUAUGUCCAUGGAAAUUGCGCUUAUGGCCCACUGAGGUUCCUCAGGUAUAGCUCACAAUUGGCAAAUUGUCGAGAUGGCUUGUGCGUUUUGGAUACUGCCAGCCAAAAACUGUCACAAAGAAUUGUUUCCAAACAAGUGAGUCAAGUUAUAUUGUACUUGACCUUGAAAUUUUAGUGUCAAAAGCUUAUUGCGGUCCAUGGACCCACUACGCUGUGCCGGAACGGUGACGAGUUGAUCGUAAAUGCUUUGUGAGUAUAGUUUCUUGUUGUUUUUUGAUUUUUAGAGUGCAUUUGGGAAAGUUAGCUCCGUUCGUUAUCAAGUUUUAUCAUUACGGUAAUUUCUUUCAGUAAUGAGCGUGUUUGCGUUCGCAAGCUUGGCCUGAAUUCGGAGCUGCAUUAUGAGGGCGAACUGGUCGCUUACACUUUGGAUCUGGCAGCAUUCAGCAAAAAGGCCGAGGCUGUAAUUGAAGAAGUUGCAAAUUUGACAGCGUCUUGUCCACCCUAUGAUGACGUGAAAAUGUUGUUCACUUAUGGAAUUCAUUUCGCUAAAUAUAAACCAAAGCUGCCUUCCCCUGCUUCUGGAUGGUGUACUGAGUGGGUUUUGAGAGAAUUUUUGACAUUAUUUUUGGUCUGGAUGUUACUUUAUAACUGAUGAUUGUUUUUUGUAAUUUUACUUGAAACCUUUGCAAUUUUUUAGUGAAGUCGAGCCAUUUGUGAAGUACGGAUCAAUGGUUUCGGCUACGAUUGCAAUUUUGUUGACUAUGAGUUGUUGCGGAGCCAUCAUUGGGGUCAGAGUCUCGACCAGGAUGAUGAUCAAGGAGGGAAAACCUCUGCCACCCAAGCCUUGGGGUGAGUUCUUGGCCUGAUUUUGGAAAAGUUUUGACAAGAGCUUUGUCAAUUUUGCGGAUUUUUAUUUUUUGCCUUCAAUAUAAUUUUCUAAAUAAUUUUUAUUGUAUUUCAGAGAAGAAACGCGGUGGGCAGAACAGUCUGAUGACCGUGGGUGUGACUGAGUCUCCUUCGGCGUAUGGAACAGUGGCUACCGAAGCCACUGAAGCCACCGAAAUUAUCCCUACGUCAAGUGCUGCUCCUCCGGACAGUGGAUCCAAAAAGCGCCAAUGA